AUGGCGGAGAAUCCCUUUGUACAAGCGUGGCCAGCGCGCAGUGAUGGCUCAUACCCCGCACCUCACGCCCUGCAGCGGCCGUUGAACAGGCCGGCAGCCGCAUUAUCCGCUGGCCUACCUAAAGCAAGCGCUACACAUAUCACGCCUUCUGUGCAGAUCGAUCCUGGAUGCACGCCACCGCAAGUGGCAUCGAAUGACACAUUAAGCCAACAAUGCAGCGACACAAAGGUAGGCGAACCCUCGCCGCCAAUUGGGGGUGCUUACCAAAGCAAGGAGCCAGAGAACACAGAUCCGUUCUCACAAAAAAGUCCGAUACAAGAACGCGCGCCAGUAUCAGCGACUGACUUGGAAGAUGGCGCCUGGAUGAAGUGCAUGGAAAAAUUCAAUGGGUUCAACAAGGCGUCGGUCAUAGCGCAGAUGGUUGGGGGUGUUUACACGCACUUGUACACGGAUUAUUACGUGGUCCACUCGCAGUCGGAAAACUGCCGUAUGGUAGACAUGCUCUUUUUCAAUUGCAGCUGCCCUAAGGUCACGUUCCCCUGCUCCCACAUCAUGGCCGCAGCUUUGGCAUUCAACAAUCGCAGAUACGUGGGGAAAGUGGUGCUCAUGAAAAACAUUGAGCAGCACGUCAUCAAGGUGUUGCACAAGUCGAAAAGCAAACACGCCACUGAGUCGGUUGUCAGCGCUAUUGCCGCAAAAGUAAAAACUCUUUGCAAUAAUGCACAGGAGGAGGGUAUGCUCCUGGAACUUCUGUUGGGCGUCGUCGUCCGGUUGUUCCAGGUUGCCUAUGGAUUAGUGCCUCACGAUGCCGACAUAAUGGGGAGGUCGAAGUCCAGGUAUAUCGAGCGGAUGGGGACCGGUUGUUGGACGGGGGAUGCGGGGGGGUCUGAUAAGCCCUCUGCGGCCCAUACGGCCCCGGAAAGCAGUCAGGUCCUGGCGAAUCUGGAAAAGAGCGAUAAUAACGCCACUUCAACUACUAAUGUUGAGUGCAGUUGCGAUUUAACGCCGGAUAAAUCUGUAGAGUUCUUAUCCAGGCAAUUACUUGGGCGAUUUGGUUUUCUCAUGGAAGAUAUAGGCCCGCUCCCUGAGCCGUCUAACGAGCAAGAUAUGGUUCAGAACAUUACGUCCAUGGUGCCAAUGUUUCGUAGAAUAUUGGAAGAAGAUUACGGAAUCAAUGCAAGGUCAAAAAAGGGUCAUAAGGCUCUGAGGAAAACGAUCUCGAAUGCCCUUGAAAAUCACUGCAAGGAUCAAAAGGUGUCGCCGAUCGUGGACGGAUAUGCACUUGGUUAUGAUUACAUUGAGAGGCGUAAGCCACCAUCGCAGCUAAUGCGGGCCGAGGAUGAUCCAAAGAGCGCGGUAAAGAUGCGGGAGCUGUACGACCAGAUCAUCGCCUCACCUAUGAUGGCAGAUAUCCAUCGCGUUACCAAGUGGUCUGUGACACAUCAGAUGAACCACGGAACACUGAAAGGUGUGUUGGAAAAUUUCCCGCUGGAUGUUCUAGGUGACAUGAUGUUCAUCACGCUAAAAAACGAUUCUGCGAUAAAAGUACCUUCCCCAAAAGGGUUCGCAUCGCCCUGCGAUAUUCUGCAGGUAAUGAUCUCUGCGAUCAAUAACAAUGAUCCGAGGUCCUUCUGUGCCCAUGGGCUGACACUACUGGUUUCGGUAAAGAAGAUUUCUCUCUUACCUCCUAUGUCUGCACUCACCAACGCCGUUAAUUCGCUAUUCCUAUCGCAAUCUUUGAAUGUGCCCGGGGCAUUAUUUGUCGCAGAAUGUAUUGGUUUGAUGCCAGAGAUGCUGAUACUACCGUUCUGCUCCGCCUACUUCGAUAACACCGAUGCUUUUGGCAAUAAAAGCAUGCGCCACGUUGCGAUUCACAUGUACAAUCUUAUCACAAAAGGGCGAAUGAGUGAUUCGGUGCGCGAAAAAUUGCUCUUAAUUGGCUCCUUCUUCAAUAUUCCUGCCAGCGUGUAUUGUGAAAAGGCCAAGGGUAUUCUUGCAACGAGCGGUACAGGGUGCGAAGAAGCGCCCAAAGUGUCAAAUGAGCAAACGGCCAAAUACAAGUCAUUGAAGACGGUGAACAAAGGCAGCUGUACACCAUCUCCGAUUGUCUAUUCGGCGGCUCUGCCACGAGCUGAUGUUAGAGAUGCAGUCAUCCCAGAAGUUCAGCAAACGACUCAAGUAUCAAGCAUUUGUGCAGCGCCCGACUAUAAGAGCUCAGAGACGUAUUGUGCACUUGAUAAUAAGCAAGGGCCCGUCACCGUAAGCCCUUCUGUCAGCGUAAAUGUAGAGAAUGCCCAUCACAACAAAGCAGAGAACGAACAAGUUUCUGCAUAUGUCCUACUUGAUCAAGUUGACAAGUGGCCUACAAUGAAGUUUUCACUGGCACAGGAAAAAAGGUAUGUGGACCUCAUUGUCGAAAAGGCCCACGACACAGAUAAUGGCGGUAUUGAUACCAUCCCUAAACCUGAAAAAGGAGUGCCUACACGUGGACACAACAUAACUCCGUCAACACCGAAAACUGGGGGCACUCCGGGAGUGACUGCUUCCGACGCAGCUCAUCUACAUUCGCAACUCUGGGGAACAACCGAUCCUGAGCUGGCAACGCGGGGUAAGAUGUUGAUUCGUGAUAUACGGUACCAAGAAUUCGGACUUGCCAUGAAUCCACAGCCAGGCGAUAACAAGUCAUCACAAACCCCGGAUAACCGGCAUAUUGCCGCAGUGCUGAGCAAACAGCGUCAGAAGAUAGCGCGCUCAAUAGAACGGCUUGCUGAAGACCUUUAUAUCAACCGAACCCAUUUCCAGCUAGAGUUACUGCAAAAUGCGGAUGACAACGACUACGAUGUGGAGUCACCCGAAAUUGCGUUCCUAUUGGAUCAAGGAGGGAUCGUUGUCAUUAACAACGAACGUGGAUUCAGCGAGAAAGAUGUAAGGUCCAUCUGCGAUAUAGGGGCAAGCAGCAAGAUUGGCAGCAAUGAAAGCAAGACAGGGAAAUUCGGUAUAGGAUUUAAAUCAGUAUUCCUGGUCACCCAAUCGCCAUAUGUCUUCUCUAACGGCUACCACUUCAUGUUCUCCACUAACCCCAAUAUGCUGUACAAUACGGACUACAUCCUGCCUCACUGGGUCAGUCUUGGAAAGAAAAACAACCCGUUUGGUUAUGUCAGGACCAUGCUUUCGGAUCCGGGCGAUACAGUUUACAGCGCGUUCGUCUCUCAAUUUGUACAGAGGCACGGCGCCAUCCCAAAUACGCUCAUGUAUCUCCCGUUUAAGGAGGAUGUUGCUAGUGGAAAACAUGGCUUUUUUUCAGAUUUUCAGCAAUUGUAUCCCUUGCAUCUAGCAUUUUUGAGAAAGCUCACGACCAUAACGCUAGUUGACAUCACCCAAUGCACCGUCACACGUAUCAGUAAAAAAAUGCUGGUGCGUAAAAAUGUUCGUAUGGUAGUGAACAGUCAAGCACAGCCAGAAGUGUCGCUUACCACCGCUUCCUCGGUUGUUUUGCCGGUGAAUAUGUUGGACGCUCGUUUUCAGGCGAUCAUGAUAUCCACUGAGGUAGGGAACAUAUUUAACAACAUCUCUACCGUGCAAGAUACGUGCGUGUGCAUGUUGACGCACAAUUUUAUGCUUGGUAAAAUAGAAAGACUUUCUGUAGGCCUUUCCAAAAAGUCGAGCAAGGGAUGUGCCGUCACCGUAGGUCUCCCGCUACUGCCGGAUGUAGUUGGAGGUAAAACAUACAGCGUUUACAAUGUGCUUCCUGUUGCGGAUUAUGGCGUGCCAUUUAUGGUUAAUGCGGAUUUUGUCCUAUCGGCAAGCAGGCAGAAUAUCAUCGGCGGCGAUCCGUGGAAUAUCAUGUUGACGAAGAGAGCCGGUGAGGCGUUCGCUCUGAUGGUCCUUAUAAUAUCCAAGGCUUUCCGCCAUCUGCCGAAUGUGUACCGUAAUGUUUUAUAUGCGAUACCGGGGAAAUACGCGGGAACAGGCGGUUUCGAAAUGUGUUGCGCCGAAGCCCGGCAAUUACUCCAGCAUAUGCCUUGGGUAGCAGUUGAAGGUGAAUCAAACUUGACUGUACGUCCCUCUAAUGCCGUUAUUCCACCAGAUAACACUUGCCUGAUGUCCCAAAAGGAUGCACGAGAAAUUACACGAGCCGUUUUCGAUCCGCAACUGCUCAAGGAUUGUUGUGAUACGUAUUAUGCCUCUGUGGAGUUUCACGAUCCGUACUUGCGUGCUGCAAUGUUGGAUGUCGGAAUCAAUGAAAUGGACGUUGCAUUCAUAUGCAAACUUAUGAUAGGUCUGCGAACCAAAAUUGACGUUUCGAUUCCAUUGUCAUCGCAGCCGCAGUUGGCGCAGCAGUUCUUUCGCAACAUUGGAGUCGUCUUAUGCCUGCUGGAGCGCAUGGCGCUUCCCAGUGAUAUCGAUGGUAUUCGUGAAGUGUUACUACUGGUUGAUUCUCAGGGCAUGCUCAUCUUCGUCGACGAUUGCACCGUGUUUGCUCGCAGCGGCAUGCAGACAGAAAUAAGGGGUGUUCACAAGGUUGUGUCAUCAUCUCUCUUUGAAAAUAGGUGGGAAAUAGAGGGGUAUGAAAACCGUGUAGCCUGUCUCUUGGAGCGUUUGGGUUGCAUAGAAUUGACGGAAAAGGGCACAUUGUCCAAACUAAUAACCACCAAUGUUCGCAAGAUACUUAAUUCACGCGAUUGUCUUAGUUGUGACGAUAUUUUGAAGCAAGGCAGGGAUGUGUUGCACUUCUUGGCUCUGAAUUGCGACAAGCUCGCAUCUCUGGGCCCUAAGGAUAUAGAAGUGAUCAGGUCAAUGCCAGUCGUUGUCAACACCGGAAAAAUCGCCCGCCUGGGUGACCCCUUAAUUCGUUUUUGUCCCGACCACAUAAGCGCUUGCAAACUUAUGACGGAGGAUAACGAACUCGUUAAACAUUACGACAAUAUCCGAACCUUUGCCGCUUAUAAGGAUCUGCACCAUAUGUUCCUGAGUGAUGAAUAUCUUGAAGGCAUUGCCAAAUACAGCAAACCGUCGCACGACGGCUUUACCUUCAAAGAUUUUGUCGAUACACUGGCACACAUCGGCGUAUUCAGUUUCAUCACUUACGCUCCACUGCAUUUGUCGGUUGAUGCUUGCGGUAAAUACGAGUUACCCGUGUUUCCAGACGACAUAGGGAUUGCAGUUCAGCACCGUAUCACGAAAUUGGAUUCGGAUUUGAGACAAUCGCGCCAGUUUGGCGUUCAUAGGACGGUGAAAGACUGGUAUAGCCCGGAUUUCGCGCGUGUUGUCGCUGUCGUGCGGCAACUUCAUGGGAGUGACCCGUGUGAAUCACGUGGCGGCGAGCAGACAAGUGAAGAUAAAGGUAAUGACGUAGAAUUACAGCUUAGACGACAGUGCGCGCAUCAACUCUCUACUUUGAUGUACCAUAUAAUGAUCAAGGAACUUGAAAUUCACCCUGACUAUUGCCUGGCUACAUUACAAUGUGGUGAUCGGCAGCAACCCCUUGGUCGCUCGCUUCUGUACUACCAGUUGCGUCACAUUCCAUGGCUCCCGUACGAAGAAUGCGUCUAUAAAUCUGGCGAACAGUUGAGAUCUGAUGGCGUUUGGCAAGUAGCGCUGCCCAUUGCGUUGGAAAACGACAUUGGGUACUCCUGCACUCUUUUUAAAAGGCUUGACGCUCAAGUUAAAAACGAACUUCUUCUCCCAAAGAAAUCAUACGACUUACUGGAGAUACUGGAUUUCCUAUGCGCAAAAUGCGGUAAAGCCGACAUCGAAUCCCGACACAGCACAGAAACCCAGACAGACACGUCUCAGUGGCUACAACACUGGACAGACGCCCCCACGCUGCAUCGUUUGAAUCACUCAUUUUCAAAAGAAUAUUUUGACAGCAUUCUGUUUAAUGAACCCGGGGUACUAAGGAGAAUCAUUGCUUCUAUAUAUAACGGACUGUAUCGGGCAAUGCAAGAGGAUUGCUUGUUUGCCCUUCGAGUUCGUACCACGUUUCACUGCAGGAACUUGGUAGUUGUUUUCGCUUCAUAUUUCAAAUCGCCGGGUUCGCCUAAGAAGCCGAUGCUGUGCACUUCAAAGGACCCUAAGUUGGCAAUAUACAAGUCUAUAAUCGGCUGUGAAGGUCUUGCCGUGCUGACAGAGGACUAUGCAGAGUUCCCAGAGUUGACAGGUUUCUGGAAAGCGCUGGGAAUCAAACAAAUCAUUUCAGUUGAAGAAACGCUGCGCAUACUAGAUGGUGUUACAAAUGAGAAUGUUUGUGAACACUUGGAGACCGUUUUUGAGUGCAUCAUACACCUUUAUAAUGUAAUGGACAAGGUGACAUUUAUCAGGACCAUUUGGAAACGUGAGUGCAUACCUGUUACGUGCGUAUAUGCCGACAUGUUCCUUUGUGGGCAAGAAGGUAGUACACGGAGCUCCAGGAUGGAUAGACUAGUAGCGCCUGCCAGUGGUAUAAUUCUUGCACGUAGCUGGGAUUCCGGGAGUAUAAUUCAGAAAUUCCCGCUGGAUCCGAAAUUAGGUAUAUGGGUGGCCAGUAGGCCUGUAGUCGGGCUUCUGUAUUCCAACACGUCUCAGUACUUGAAGAGAUAUUCCACUGAUGGAAACCUCAACGUAGAUGACAUGUGGGAACGUGUAUUGAAAACUUUGGGUGCAUCUGAAUUUAAGGAUUAUUGCCAGCUGCAAUGUGUGGCUGGGUCUACAGUGGCGCAAUGUCCUUGGCCGAUGAAUAGCUAUUUGUUAGUAGCACUGCUGCCAUAUGUGAAUCACUACCUGAAACACCGCAUGAUCGACCAAUACGACCUGUGCUGUCAACGUAUUCUCUACCUCCUACACCGCAUAGCCAUCGUAAUCACAACGAGCGAAGUUAUGAUGGUGUAUCAAUACCGCAAGGGUGAUGUAUUGGCCAAAAGCGCACGGCUGUCAGGCGAAUCGUUCGUUCAUUGCGAAGGUAUAGGUACGAUGAAGAUCUAUGCAGUCGUAGAUACGAUGCCUGAACAUUUCGCUUACACGGCAGAUGUUAUAUCAAGUGCACAAAAUGCCGCGAAAAACGGGAAACUGAAAAGCUUGCCCGCCUCAUUUUUCGUGAACCUUGCUAAGGUGCUCCUCGUCGAUCCGGCAGCCUCUCCGAAGGAUAUAAACAGGCGUUUCAUGGAAACAAAUGAACACGAAAGGAUGUUAGGAGAAUUUAUGUGCACCGUGUAUGAGAUGAUACGGUCGCAGCCGAAGGAUGCGGUCGAUGUUUUCGUGAAGGGUAACAGCAAUGGGCCAUCCGGAAAAUGCUUGUGCGCUGACUAUGUAGCGGCAUAUCCACGUAAGCCUCUUGGCAGCAGUACCACAAUUGCCGCUGGGUGUAAUGUCACUGGAAAGGAUACAAGUGUUAAAAAGGAUUCAAAAGCUGAUGCAGAUAUUACGAUCAAGAAAUGCGAGGCCCCAAAACAGCUUACGGAUAAAGUAACGUCGGAUCCAGCUGCUGCGAAAAAGCUCCCUCUCAUGGAUGGGUAUGGUUCGCACCUAGAUAGCGGAGAUACGUGCUUGAAAAAAGUCAUGGAUCCGUUCAUCUAUCAUUGGUUGUACGCUCCACCAGUUGGUGAUCAAUUUUUAAAAAAAGCCGCAUCUAACAGCGGUCUUUCACCUGCUGGCGUGAAUGCUCGUUCUGCAACUACCGCAAAAGCUUGCUUACCAGAUACCAAGAACAAGGAGGCGUCCAAGUCACUGGUACCUUUUAAAUGUGAUGUCGCAGGUAGUGCUGCGCAGACGAGUGUCCCUGUAGAUGUGGUCAACAAGUCAGCACAACCUCCUUCCGCUGUAAUGGAGGUCACACAGCCGGUUGAUGCCGCAGAUGAUUCGACCAUUUUGUUACGUUCGGAGGUAUGCGCCCCUCAUGUAGAAGCUGCAGACGCAAAAGGCGAUGGCGGAAACGUUGAAAGAAGCUUCACUCCGGCUGCUAAGCAUACAAAUGUUAUUCUAACUGCAGCAAACGACUCUAUGCACUCGCCAUUGCACGUCGAGCAAAAUAUAGUAAGCGUUCCACGCAAGGAUCCAACCGACCAUGGAACUACAGUGCAGCUCUACCAUGGGCGUUCUACGUCUUGUAAGGAGGUUAACAAGCAUUUGGCUUACAUGCUGGUGCUAUCUGACGAACUGAGGAGCGCGGUUGGAAGCGUUUCCUUGUAUGAGCAUAUCCCGUCUUCCAAGUACGUCAAGCCUACCAAGAUGAAUCGGCAACUUGCAGAUCGCAUGUUGAGCAAAACUCCAGUGGAUGUGCAGCGUAUCACUGCGGUUGGCUACUUGGGAGAGGAGUAUGUGUUCGACCUUCUGCAGGUAUUGUUGAAAUCCGAAUUGGAUAGCAAAAAGGUUGCGAUAAGUUGGUACAACAAGAAAGCGGAGAGCGGCCUAGCGUACGAUUUGACCAUUCGUAACACUGAAGGCGAAGAAAUAUUUAUAGAGGUCAAAAGCAGCUCGUGCGCAAACAGGAACUACUUCCCAGUCACCUACAACGAGUGGUGUUUCGCGCAGCAGAAGGGGGCCAGGUACGAAAUUUUCCGCGUAUCGGGAGUCGGACUCGACGACGUAAACGUUUAUCGCAUAGUGAAUCCGUAUUCGAUGUGGAGAUCUGGAAAACUCAAAUUUUGCCUCUCCCUCUAG